AUGAGAAAUUAUUCAAAACUCUUUGAAUUUGAAAAAGUUUCUAGCCUGUGUGGAUCAUUCAGAGAAAACAUUCGAUGUUUUCUACAAGAUGCUGCGGAACAUGAAGAUUAUACGGUUAAUGGGAUGCCUGUAUGGUGCAUUCUGAUUGUUUCUCAGCACAUUGGUGUUUUCCCACUCUAUACUAUCGAAGAAACCGUUGAACACUCUGUGAAUCCCUUUUGCGAUCACUGUAAAUUAUCAGGUUGGGGACACCAUUAUGUGUCGAAGAGGAGGUAUCAUGUCGUAAUUCCAGCAAAUGAGAAUUGGAAUAAGCCAGUUAAGGGGAAUUUCUCUGAGCUUCAGGGUCAUAAUUUAUACGGUUUGAUUCAUUGCAAUGGGUAUGGGCAUCUUAUAUGCAUCAAUGGGUAUAAUGAGAAUUCGAUCUUCCAGAAUGGGAGUGAUUUUAUGGACUUAUGGGAUCGUCUUUGCACAACUCUUAAAGCCAGGGAAAUUUCUGUCUGCGACGUUUUGAAGAAGGGAAAAAUGGAGCUGAGAUUGAUUCAUGGUGUGGCAUAUGGGAGAUCAUGGUUUGGAAAUUGGGGCUACAAAUUUAGUGGUGGGAGUUUAGGGGUUACAGAACAGAAGUAUGAUACAGCAAUUCAGAUACUGGGUUCAUUAGGCCUCAAUAAAAUCAUUAAUGAUUUCAAGAAUGAUGGAAAAGGAAUGGAAAUCAAACAAAUAAUUGACAAGUACAGAGAAUUGAGCGAAAAGCCAUUGAUUACUAUCAGUGAUUUGUUACAAUACAUUUUUGCUAAUCCUUGUGGAUAUGAGUCCAAAACAGAGGGUAGUCCGAUCAGUUUCAGAACAUUUGUGAAUUUGUUGGCAAAAGGUGAUUGCAGAUGGGCUUCUAGGAGACUUGAGCAUGUGCUAGUUGUAAUUAUAAAGCUCUUGAAUGAGCAUAAAGCUAAUAAUCUUAAUAGAAAAUAUGGUAUGUCAAGGCAUGAGCUAAGGGAAGAGGCAAGAAAAUCUAUUGGGGACACAGGUUUAAUUGAUUUUGUGCUCAAAUCUAUCAAAUUGUUUGCAGUGAAUAAUCAAAUUAUUCAACGAACAAUAAAUCCACUGACUCGAUUAGUGGAAUUUACUAUCUAUGAUGUUGUUAAAGAAGGAGAAGGAUUGAAGUGGAGAAUGGAUUCUGGUUGCAGAUAUUCAAGAAAUAAACUGGAACAAGCAGCAAAAGUGGUGGUGAAUAUUUUGAAGGAAAAUAGAGGUAUAGAUUCUAUGGCGCGGCAAGAAUUACGAGACAGGGCUAGGGAAUGCAUCCGUGACACUGGAUUGAUUGAUUAUGUGCUGAAAUCAUUAGACAAUGCUAUUCUUGGGAAUCAAAUUGUUUACCGGUCAAAAAAUCCAACUACGAAUAGGAUCGAAUACUCUCUUGAAAGUGUUACUAACCAAGGCAACAUGGAAAAAUCUGAAAUAAUAUCGCCUACCCUGGAUAACGAAGUGGGCUUGUAUUUAAAUGAGGAUAUGCUAUUUCUGUAUAAGAAUGUGCUGUUGGGCUAUACUGAAUCGAACUUAGUUGGUUUGGCAACUCAGCUUGUGUUGGACAGCAAGCAAUUUGUGAAAGUGUGGGAAAUUGAAGAACAAGUUAUCAACCAGUUAAUGACAUUGGCCUGCAAGGUUUUGCCUAGUUUUCACGAGUUGGAGACCGAGCUGACUAGGCCAUUGUCGCCUGGGGUGACAGUAAUGAUCCCACCUGGGAUUACCAUUGGUGACCUUAAGGUGGUGGCACAACGUGCUCUGAGGGAUACUUAUUGCAUUAUGGAUGACUUUGUGGUAAAGCAAAUCGGUGGGUUGAGAGGAAUAGAUGACGAGAAGGUUCUGUCUUGCACCCUGGAGCCGGGUGCUCACAUUUGGGUGAGAGGGUAUGGGAUUGAUUUGGCUACAGAACUAAGGUAUGAAGAUGGCACCUACAAGUCCACACUGGAUGGUUUGUUACAUUGA